CGGAGCGCGCCUGGGCUGCGGUGGGCGGUUAGGACAGGCGAGCCCCUUCUCUCACUGGCCUGCCGGCUAUGACGAUCACCUACAGCUGCGUUGCUAAUGGCCGAGCGGUCCUGGCGGAGCUGGCCUUGACCGGCGGCUCGUAUCAGGAAGCGGCGGCAAAGGUGCUUAGACAAGUGCUCCUGAAAGCUGAACCGACAACCAUAAUACGAAUAGGAAGCUAUGUCUACCAUACUCUCUUUAUUGAUGGAAUCACUUAUUUGUGUGCUACAGACAGUGGCUUGGAUACUAUGGCACCAUCUGCAUUUCUUAAAAAAGUUAGUGACAUUUGUACAAGAAUUCCUUUGAUGUCACAAGAACAUUUUUUUCCUUCAAAUGCACUUGCUACAGAUUUUCAACAAAUACUAGCACAGAACAUGCUGGAAUACAAUAAAAAUCAAAGUGACAGCACAGUGUCUACAGUGAAGAGUCAGGUGACUGACGUAAAAAAUAUUAUGUUGAAAAACAUGGACACAGUUUUAAAAAGAGAGACAGAAACAGUGAGUGUCAUCACUGAAGGAGCAGAUGACCUCCAGGCAACUGAUGAAGAAUUUGAAAACAAAAGGAAGAUCCCCAAGAGGAUAUGGUGGAAAUGCUUCAAGAUUGUAAUUACCACCCUUGCAAUUCCCCUGUCAAUCAUUAUCAUUCUUUUAAGUACACACAUAAUACCCACCUGACCAAUAAAGUAUUACAUGGAAUUACAG